UACAAACUUUAUUUUAUCACAAAAUGCAUACAGUAUGUAGUGGUGUAGUAAAAUUUGCGUAUUAUUGAAUUGAGAAUGUAGUUAAUGUUUGACUUUGUAAUUGAGGUGACUGGUCUAUUUUUGAUUAAAAUAUAAGCACUCAGUCAUCCAGGUCUUUACCGUUCAAACAGCAAUUGUAUAUGGAAGAUUGACGGGGAACGCUGCAGAUCCCGUCAUAAAAUUGUUAACUAUUGACUGUUGAUGACAGAAGAUGUGCCUUAUGACCCUGCCUAGCUAGAAUGCCCUGGUGCCCUUCUGAGGGUAACCAGAGCAGGAGCAAGUGAGGAGAGACGGAGUGCAGAAUGUGUUACAAGCUGCUGGUCGCCCUCUUGCUAGCUCUUGUCUUCCUACAGUAUGUGUACACAAGUUUGGGCGGGACCGGCUACUUGUAUUCGCAGGGCUCUGCCCCGUUGGGGAACCUCGGGAGUGUAAUGGGCAAUUCUACUUCCACAACAAAUUCUGUAAAGCAUGCUCCUCUCUUCCCACCGGUAACUUCUAUCGACAGUCUGGCUGGCAACUCUGAUUACAGGAAGGACGUCAAGAACCUCACAGCUUGGAUAUUUUCACAGAUAACCCCGGUUAAUUCUGCUCAACCAAUUGAACUCUGCCCCUUAGUGCCUCCAAAUCUCGUUGGAGUGCUAGGAGCUUUUAAAGAUGGUGGAUCACUGAGUGACGUUGAAAGCCGCAUUGGGGACACCCUGCUUCCAGGAGGCCAGUGGAGGCCCUCAGGAUGUAAAGCUAGAGACAAAGUUGCCAUCAUAGUACCGUACAGAGAUAGAGUAGAGCAGCUUUCAGUUUUUCUUGCAAAUAUGCACCCUUAUCUUCAGCGCCAGUUAAUAGAUUAUGGCAUCUUUAUAAUAGAACAAGCUGGUAUUGGAGAUUUCAACCGUGCGAUGCUUUUGAAUGUUGGCUUUGUCGAAGCUCUCGGUCUGCGAGAAUUUGACUGCUUCAUCUUCCACGAUGUAGAUCUACUUCCUGAAGACGAUCGGAAUCUAUACACUUGUCCAGACCAGCCUAGGCAUAUGUCGGUUGCUGUGGAUGUCUUUAAUUAUCGGUUGCCUUAUUCCGACAUAUUCGGAGGUGUAUCUGCUAUGACUAAAGAACAAUUUGAAAAGGUGAAUGGGUUUUCGAACAUGUUCUGGGGUUGGGGCGGAGAAGAUGAUGACAUGGCAACUAGGAUCAAAGUCGCUGGAUAUCACAUAACCCGCUACCCGGUGUCUAUAGCAAGAUACACAAUGCUUCCUCACACCAAGCAGAAGGCAAAUCCAAAAAGGUUCGAAAAUCUCUACAAUGGGAAGAAGAGAAUAAAAAUCGAUGGCCUGAACAGCCUUCAAUACAGAAGGGUAGAAAUGCGACUCAGCAAGCUUUUUACAUGGGUUCUAGUCGAACUUGCCAAAACCAACUAAAAGAGUAUUUCAAAAUGAAGACUUUUGGUCAAAUAUUCAAUUAUUUAUGUGGGAGAGCGACUGUUGCUUUUUUUCCCCCAAAGCCAAGUUGUCAUUGUUUGUAAAGCCAGUGUUUUAUUUGGUUAUUUAAAAUGAUUAUUUAUUAUGUAAUGAUUUAUUUUGAUAUUGUAUUUUUUUUUAAAAGAAAUUUAUUUAGUUUAGUGCCUCUAGUCUAGAGACAGAAGCAUACUUUGUGAUAAAUCUUUUUCAUAUAAAAUUCGAUACUUUACAUGUAUAAAUUUAAUCAACAUUUUCAAUCUUCAAUCUUUAUUAGUUUAGUUUAUCAGGAUAGCAUGAUAUAUUUUGUAUGUUAUAUUAUAAAAUACUUGAAUUGCCUAUCAUAUCAAUUAUAUACAAGUAGAGAGCACAUCACAUUUGAAUAUGCAACGUUGUGUGAUAUAGUAAAAAAAAUGUCUAAAGACUGAUUUAAAAAUGUUUUGAAUUUUGGCCUUUCACUAAAUUCAUCAAAACGCUACCAUUGUAUUUAUUUAAAAUAUAAAUUUAUAUUUCUAAUGUUCACUGUUAAACUAUGAUUAAAAGUGGUUAAUUUAUUCACGAACAAUGGUACACCGCUUGCUCCCCAAAUAAAUAUUUCCAGUGUUUGACUCGAUAAUGAGAAUUACUUGUGUGAUAGACUGAGAAGAUUGGUCUUAGUGUUCCAUCCAGUGAUAUUUGUCAAUAAAUAAAAAUAGGAAUUUUUAGGUGUAAAUGAUCAUGUUUAAACGCAAUAACACAGUAGUGCCUUAUUAGCCUUACAAGUUUGCCAUAUUUCUUUCUUUCUUUUUUGACGGUAAAGAUGCAUGCUUGAUAAAAGGGGAGUAAUGUAAACACAUCAUAAAUGUUUUUGUAGGACCACUUUUGUGAUUGUUAUAUGAUCUUUUGUAUGUAAUACUCAUGGUAUAUUAUAUUAUACCAAUUAAUUAGAUAGGAAAAAGACUUGUAAUUACAUGAGGUAUGAAAUUUGUUUGGAACUUAUUUCUACUUGUUGAAUGUUAACAAAUGCUCAAUGUGAGACUUUUAAAAAAAAUUUAUUAUACUUCAGCCACUAAAACAAAGUGUCAUGAUUUGAUUUUUUUUUCACCACCGAAUUAUUGGUUUUCGAUAUAAAACAAAACUAAGUUUUAUUGCUUCUUGAUUGUAAAAUAAAUUUUAAACAGCCACAAAAUAUGACACUGUUUUAGUUCUCAGACAUUUUAUAUUAAAAGUACUUGCAUCAUAGAAUUUAUUAAUUACCAAUGAUAAACAUUUCAUGAUUUUCGAAAUGUCGAAGCUAGUGAUCAUAGACUAGGAAAAUUUUAUGCAUGCUACUUUAUCUGAAAGAAUACACUUUGACCUUCAUAAUAUUUCUUACGUAGCAUGCCAAUAUUGUCCAAAUUUAUCUUAAAAAAAUUUUUGGGUUUAAAUAAUGUGAAUCUUCACAGCAAAUUCACUCUUAUAAUGCAAAUCUUAUAAAUGACCUACUGUCAUUAGUACUUAACAGAUUUUAAAUAGAAGAAAAAUAAAGCAUGUUGAUGAUGUCACUUUUACUUGUUGGUUCAUUCUUAACAUAAUUAUAAAUUACUAGUAUUCAUAAAAAAAAUUGAUAAAAAUAAUUAGUGAGAUUCAAAAUCUUUUUUGUAUUAUUAAUCUAUUGUAUAUAAAUAACUAUAAAAUUUAAGUCCGAUUUACUUAAUGAGUGAUUUUCUCAUGUUUUCAUCGACUCGAAUUAUUUCCUUUACAUUAUUUAAAAUUGAUUUUAUCGUAGUAAAAUAUAUUUCAGGAUUGUGCCUUAUUUAUUUGAUAAAAUUUUCAAAAAACUUCCUUUAAAGCUUGUGACGAAAGAGUUAAUCACGUAUCCAAUCCUGGCCUGUGUAAAUCGGACUUGAAGCAGAACUGGCCUGCCAGACCCCGGCUUUCGUACCGGGCUCGCGGCACGUCGUAAUCUCUCGCAGGACUUGCGUCUUGUCUAAAGUUUGUUACUCAUGUUUGAGAUCAAUUGUAAAUUGAAAUAAUAGAAUAUUGUUCACUUGCAUCUAUCUAGUCCAAGACGGAUAAUUAUUGUCUUGUAAACACAAAUAAAAAUAUUUGAGAUUUUUUUAAAAUACUAAUCCCGCAAUAAAAUUGGUAUUAAGGGCUUUUAAA